AUGAUGAAAGAUUUGUUGAAUGCCAUGUCCAAGUGUGAGAAAGAUGACAGCAGUCAAACCAAGCCUGAGGAACCACAAAAUGGCCAAAUUCCAAAGGGUGAAAAGCCAAAACCCCUCCGAAACCUAACAAAAGCAAUGCUAAUUUUCCUAGUUUGUUCCGCGGGCUCUGUUCUGUUUUCGGUAUUGAAGGAUCCAUCCCCAAAAAAUGGCAUCUGGGUAGCUCCAUACGACUUCAAACUAUUCAAGAGGAAAGAUGAGCAACGUCAACCACCAAUGACUGAUAAGCUUCUUGGAGGCCUUCUUCCUCAAGGAUUCGACGAAAACUCCUGCCUGAGUAGGUAUCAGGAAGCCUUGUAUCAUAAGCAACCAACAAAACAUCCUUCUUCCUAUCUCAUCUCCAGAUUACGAAGAUACGAAGUGCUGCAUAAAAAAUGUGGACCGUACACAGAAUCCUAUAAAAGGACCUUAGAGUCUUUAAAAUCAGCGCAACACAAUGGUACUUUAGCAACAGAGUGCAAUUAUGUUGUCUGGAUUGCGCUUGGCGGCAUAGGAAACAGAAUGCUCACCUUGGCUUCUGUUUUCCUUUAUGCUUUCUUAACAAAUAGAGUCUUACUAGUUCAUCCUGGAGGAUACAUCUCGGAUCUUUUCUGUGAACCAUUUCCUGAGGUGUCUUGGUUGCUUCCCCCUGAUUUUCCCAUCAUUGAUAAGUUCAAAACUUUCUAUCAGAGAUCUCCGUACAGCUACGGAAAUAUUCUCAGACAAAAUAAUUUCCGGAAUUCAACUGAAUACUCAUUGCCAGCAUUUGUGUAUCUACACUUGGCUCAUGACUAUGCUAACCGUGACAAGCUUUUCUUCUGUGAUGAAGAACAAACUCCUCUACAAAAAGUACCUUGGCUGAUCAUCAAAACAAACAACUAUUUCAUCCCGUCCCUUUUUCUUAUUGAAUCAUUUGAAGAAGAACUCCAUAAUCUCUUUCCGGAUAAAGAAGCUGUUUUCCAUCUCUUGGGCAGGUACCUCUUUCAUCCUACCGACGUAGUUCGGGAACUGAUCGCCAGGUUUUACGAGGCUUAUCUGUCCAGAGCAGAUGAAGUUACAGGCAUCCAGAUAAGAACAUUUGGAAAAUAUUCUGGCCUCUAUGAUUAUGUAAUGGACCUGGUUUUGGGUUGCUUAAGAAAGGAGGUUCUGCUACCAGAAAUCAUUGACAAGAAGCCUAUCAUGUAUCGAUCUAAACAGCUGAAGACUAAAGCUGUGAUAAUCACAUCUUUAAGCUCUAGAUACUCUGAGGCAUUAAGAGUUAUGUACCAUGGACAUCAAACUGCCACAGGAGAUAUAAUUGAAGUAUACCAGCCAAGCCAUGAAGAGUAUCAACAGAGUGGGAAUAAGAUGCAUAAUAUAAAAGCAUUGGCAGAAAUAUACCUGUUGAGUUUGAGUGACAACUUAGUCACGAGCGCUGGAUCAACCUUCGGCUAUGUUGCUCAAAGUCUUGGAGGUUUGAAGCCAUGGAUUCUUAUGAUACCUACCAAUCAAACAGCACUAGGUCCACCUUGCCAACAAGCUGUAUCAAUGGAACCUUGUUUUCAUGCGCCUCCAGCUUAUGGUUGUGGAAACAAGAAAAAGGUUGAUGCAGGCCAGAUUGUUCCUCACGUUCAGCAUUGUGAAGACAGGAAUUUGGGUCUUAAACUUGUAGAGAAAGAUAAAAAUUUAUGA